AUGAACCGUCAUGAGAUUGCGAAUACGGUGAUGGGCCAAGAAAGCUGUGCCUUAGAAGAAGUACUGCAGAAGAAUCCGCCACAGAGCAUGCCAACAAGUGUACCGGAGAGUGUGCCUCUGCCCCAGCCUGAUCCGAGUGAGGAAGUCUCUUAUGUGGUGACAGAGAAUGCCAAAGGAGGGGAAGGAGCUUGGUCUGUAGAGACAAAGCAAGCCAAGCCACCUAUCAGCAUCGAUACUACGACGUCGCUGUCACACGAUUUGUCCAACAGUAUCUCGCAACUGUCUAAUGUCGGCUCCCCCCUUUCCCAAACCACCCCAAAUUUAGACGUUCCCACACCCACGCAAUCUACAGUGCUGCAAGGAUUUCAUGGUAACCCAUCCUGGCGAACUAUACCUCUGCCACUGAAGGCAAACGAUUUAGGUCUGCCCAAUAUCCCUCUAGGUAAGGAGUUACCUUCGUCUAUUGAUGCUGCAAAGCCAAGCACUAAUCUUUUGGAUGACUCUUCAGAUACAGAUCCAAACAAAACUGUGGCUACAGCCGCUUAUCGUGAUCUGCAUACAGGCGCUGUCGUCGAAACGGACCAAGAUGGCCAUCAAGCUGCACCCACUGUACACCCGGAUCUCUCAACACUUGCUGCACAGAAAGCAACAGCACCUGGCGGUCUUCCUGUGCUAUCCAUCUUACCCAUGAAAAUGCCUGGACUGGAAGCAGCCGCCGACCUACUUAAUGCUGACGUGGGCAUCGAUGGCGAUGCUGCCAAAGGCGAUGCUGCCAAGGCAAACAACACAGGGAAUGACAGCGAUACAGCCUCUACUUGGAAUGGCAUUGGCUACAGCGUGACCGGAUUUGCUGUAGCGAGCUCGAAGCGCAACGCAGAUUUCCAUGCCCUUUUCCCCUCUGUUCCGGAGGAUGAUUUCCUUAUCGAGAACUAUACAUGUGCCCUUUCUCGAGACCUUCUGAUUCAAGGCCGGCUAUAUUUAUCAGAGUCGCACCUUUGCUUUCACUCGAGUAUAUUCGGUUGGGUCACUUCGAUUGUGAUUCCCUUUUCGGAGGUGAUUAGCAUUGAAAAACGUAACACAGCCUACCUGAUUCCUAAUGCCAUUAGCGUUCGUACGCUGGAAAGCCGGUAUCUGUUUUCCUCGCUGGUGUCCCGUGAUAUGGUGUACAGCAUGCUAGUGAACAUUUGGCGUAUGACCGCACCUAGUGCAGCAGCUCAGCAGAUGGCGGAAUCUGCUACAGACGAUGAUGUGGCAACAGAAGAGGAUCAUGGUACCCUGCAGGCUGUGCCAGAAGUCAAGGAGGAGGAGCGAAAACUGGAAAACACUGACGUCCUUACAUCGCAAGGUGAGGAGUUCGCCACAGCGGCGAACAAACGUGAGAAGCUACGCAAGCGUCUCACGAAGGCACGUAAGAAUGCGAAGAAAGGCAAAGACGGGAAGAAGGUGUCAGCGAACAGCGAUGAGCACGAUGCAGAUGAUGAGACAGGCAGCAGCUCGGAUGAAGAUGAAAAGGAGCAUGAGCCAACGAAAUGCAACUGUGACAAGACCAAUUCUCACUUACCCGUACUUGUGAUUGAUGAAAAGUUUGAUGCCACGCCCCAUCAACUGUUUGACCUGAUGUUUAAGGGCGAUUUCAUGUCAGAUUUCUUAUCGAACAACCAGAAAUUGAUUGAUGUGGAGAUCGGUGAAUGGAAUGAUAAGGAAAAGACACUCCCUGAGGCGACAGCGACUCGAAAGGUGACUUAUAUCAAGCCCCUCAAUGGAUCGGUCGGCCCGAAGCAGACCAAGUGUCAGAUUACCGAUGAACAGUUGCAUAUUGACUUCCAUGAGUUUUGUACGACUAUGACGACGACGAAGACCCCUGAUGUGCCUAGUGGCAACAACUUUUCUGUGCACACGAGAACCUGCUUUACAUGGGCCGAAAACAACAGGGCUCGAUUGUAUAUCACUUGUGAAGUGGCUUGGAAAGGACGCAGCAUGUUAAAGAGUAUUAUUGACAAAGCCUCCGUCGAGGGUCAGAAGGACUACUAUAAAGAGCUGUCCAAGGCGCUUCGGGCGCAUAUCAAGAGUCAUCCAGAUAUCUACGGCACGAAGAAGAGCAGUUCCUCGAAAGACAAGGAGCAUGGUGAAAAGGAGCCUGUGGAAGAGUUGAUCGAAGAGGAAACGAAACCUGCGUCAACAUCGCCUCUCAGCAUGCUUAUGGAUACGCUGGACUCGCUCAACAUUAGUUUGUCUGUCCUCAUCCUCAGCCUGCUCAUUGUGAUCCUUUUGAUUUCGAAUAUUUGGGUAUAUACGCGUGGCUCAAAUGCAUCCAUGCGUGACCCCCGCAACCCGCAUGUCCUGCUACAGCGAGACCAUGUGAAAGGAUACAGCCAGCCUCUGCAGAUGCGUCAUGUGAAGGUCUUGGUGGAUGAGGAAGUGCAAGAUGUCUUGGAUGCGCUAGCCUAUUCUCGCCGUAUGACAGAAGCAUUGGAAGAGGAUAUACGCGAGUUGCAGGAUAUAAUUAAGAAGCGAACCAAGCCUGAUGUCGAGAAUGAAACGGCCAAGGCCCAUUUUUUGCCCUCAUAG